AGUGGGUACCCAAACAGCUUCUACCCGUUACAGAUAAGGUCCCUCGUCAGGGGGCGCGGGCCAGGCGGGAUGGCUCGAGGUCGGGAAUGUCAUCCGCGCGACCGCCAACCUGAUCCUACUCCACUCCAUGUUAGAUCUUGCGGUUCGUCUGUGACAACCUCACCACACCGGCCACAGGUGCUCAAUGUCCACGCCACGGCGCCGUUACCACCGAUGACCAUGGCGCCAUCUUGCAGAUUGUCGUUUGGUAUAUGCUGGUGGUUAUGAUACUGGCGACGGCCUUGCGACUCAGCAUCCGUUUCCUCACCACGCACAUACCAGGACCCGAUGAUGCGGUUCUUGCCGUGGCUAUGCUGUUCGCUGUGGGAGAGGUGGUAACUGUGUCACUGGCAGUGAAUGCUGGACUUGGGAAGCGGGCGUACUUACUUGACCCAGUGGACGUGCUUCAUAUCGAGAAGUACUCAUAUGCUACCAACGUCUUAUACCUCAUGGUUCUCGGACUAGCCAAAGCGUCCGUGCUGCUUCUUAUCUGGCGUUUGGCGGUGAUCAGGUCUCAAAGGGUCACGGUUAUGGUCUUGAGCAGUCUCGUAGCGCUAUGGAUGGUAGCGUCGAUUUUCACGGUCUCGUUCCAGUGCAACCUACCGCAGCCCUGGGGCUACACAACCGGCAAAUGCGUUAACCUUUUUGCGUUCUGGACAACGAUCGGAGUCUUCGACAUCUUGACCGACCUCGCUUUGAUCGCUCUACCGACACGCGUCAUCUGGGACUUGCGCAUGCCAUGGCAGAAGAAAUCGCUUGUGGCUUGUGCCUUCUCUUUUCGAAUACUUGUCAUUUUCUGUCAAAUUGCGCGCCUUACCUUACUCUCUCAAUUGGCCAAAUCGGACGACCCGAACUUUGAUUGCGUCCCUUACGGCACGCUCAACAUUUGCCAAGUCAUGCUCACCGUUAUCACCUCUGCUAUUCCGGCGUGGAAGCCCUUCAUGGACCGGGCUGCGACUGGUAUGCUCGGAGCAUCGCUUGGACAGCGAGAAGGCACAUAUGGUGUCUCAGACCUCGGUCCGAGCUAUAUCAUGGAGCCAUAUCCGCUUGCUGUGGGAUCAAGUCUAAUGGCUAGCACGAACACCAGUAACGGCGACGAGUUGCGGCGCGCACCAUCUUCCCAAACCGAAGUCUACCCUCCUACUCAGCGCAGGAGCAGCGCCCCGUUCAACGAUAUGCUCAUGAUCCAGAAGCAGGUAGAGUACCACAUUGAGUACGACGACAAUGAUACUGAGCUGGACCGUCGUGGGACCACUUCUGACGGAGCCGAGACCGAUCACCGUCACUCGCAAGCUGAACUUAUACAGGCGGUGACUUGAACUGUCAACAGAUAUGACCGUGUACAAGCAGAUCGAGACCUACUAGAAUAUCUGGAGAGCUCAACAGCGCGCCUCGCCCUAUCUAGACGACGCGCGAUAGCUAUGAUUUUGACAGCAUGCCUGGGUGCUAUCUUGAGGAUGGGAGAGUGUCAUACUUUGCGCCAAGCGCAUAGCUUCAACCCUUGCGGUCUCCUCCGCU